AUGCCGUCUACGAGCAAGACAAAAAGCGGCGAGCGCUUCCGAGCGCCCACAGAUCAGGUAAUUUUGACAUUUUACCGAAAAAUCACUUGAAAAUUCGAUUCCAGGCCCGCAAAAUGGACCGGAAGAAAGAGAACAAGAGGAACAAAAAGGAUCGGCAACAGAUCAGACAGGCGAUGGCCAAGUACUGCAAUCUAGACGAAACGACGAGUAAACUUCUAGUUCUAGAGCGUCAAAGUGAGAAAAGGCUCUUGAUUGUUUGAAAACAGACUGGUUUGCAGUUCUCGGACUUGAUCCUCAACCAUUUCACAUAGACGUUCUCAAGAAGAAGCAAAAGGUGUUGACGGAUUCGAUCAACAAAAGACGGCUGACAUUGCAACAAUCGAAAGACGAUACUGAGCUGAAGAAAUUCAAUGAGAAAAUCAACGUUUACCAGACUGAUUGUCAAAGACUCGCCGUUUUAGCACGUUCGUUAUUCUCUCGAAAUGAAAAAACAAUCAGUUCUUCAGAGCAAGCUCGUCUUGCCCGUGAAGCCGAUCCAGAUUCGAUUCCUCUGCCAAUGGGUGAAAUGUCGUCGUUCGGACCAGAAAGACACAGUCAACUACUGGCACCGAGUAUGAUCAAGUAAGGGAGUCUCCCCACUCUUCUAAAGUUUCCAUUCUCGUUUCAGAAGAAAAGUCGAGUUCCAGUUGCCACCACGACCACCACGUGCCGGAUUGAAGCCGCCUGGACCGCCGUGCGGUUAUGCGCCCAAUUUCAGUGAUAGUGAAGAAGAAGAUGAUCACCAGGAAGAACACUACGACGAUGGAGAUCUCGCUCCUGUGCCGAGUGAGUUAGAACACCUCUCGAAUAGAGAUCAAUUUGUGAAUUUUCAGUUCCUGAUUUCGACAAUCCGUAUCCACCGCAACAAAUGCACAGAAAUUGUAAGUGUUCCUCUGAUCAACGGGAAAGAAAAGAGUAUCCUAUAUUCCAGUCGGACCUCCAUCUUCGUACCACCAAAUGCCUCCUCGGAUGCCUACUUAUCAUCCGCAUUCACAUUCGUAUAACCCGAUGGGCUUCCAGCAUCAUCACGAAGACGCUGUUAUUUCGUCGGCCCCGCAGAUCACUCGCAAUCAGGAGUCUGCUGCUCCGGCCACUCUCUCCGCUGCUCCAGAGCUCAGAAACUUGCGCCGUGAGACCGUCAAGCUCGUUCCGGCACAACUGCUCCGCCGUCCUGCCACAAGCGCAGUUCCUCGUCCGCCAGCACCUGUGCACCGUCGGCCGGAAGCUCAGAAGCAGGCAAAGAACACGGACGAAGCAUACAAUGAAUUCAUGAAAGAGCUGGACGGUCUCAUCUGA